CCCAAGUAAUUGCUACUAUCCUUAAGUUAAAUCUGUCAUUUUGUAUUCACAAAUUUAAAUGAUGGUCACUAGUUAUUUGUUCGAAAUAGUAAUAAAAGUGUUAAAGUAUGACUAAAUAACCAUAUAUGACUUUUGUAUACUAUUACAUAUUUAUGCAGUUAUAAACGCUGUACGGUUCAUUAGAGCAGAACGUCCUUUUUCUUUUUAUAAGUUUAAAAUUAAAUCCAGUUAAUUUGUACACACCUACACAUCAAUAGCGUAUUUAGUAUAUUCUGUCGAUGCAGUCCUUUUAUGCCAAAUAUCCAAGAUGGAAAAUAAAUCAUAUUCAGAUGAUGACGUUGAAUUACGAAAGAGACCAAUCAAUGGGACUGCCUCAGAUGAACCUAGAGUCGUCAUAGUAGAAGAUACGGCAAAGUUAAAGCAAAGCGUUGGGAUAAUAAGUGGAAUCUCAUUUAUUGUUGGGAGUGUCAUAGGUUCAGGUAUAUUCAUAUCACCAAAAGGAGUUCUACAAGAAACUGGAUCUGUUGGAUUAAGCUUGAUAGUAUGGGGCUCUGCAGGAAUCCUGUCUCUUUUGGGUUCAUUGUCAUAUGCUGAAAUAGGAUGUGUUGUAAAGAAGUCAGGAGGGGAAUAUGCCUACAUUGACGCAGCUAUGGGUCGAUUGAUGGCUUUCAUGUUUGCUUGGACAAAAAUUAUCGUAUUGACACCAUCUAGUGUUGCUGUGAUAUCACUGACGUUUGCGUCGUACUGCGUCACAUUUUUUCCAUACUGCGGAGAGCCUCAAGUCCCUCUGAAAGUCAUUGCUGCAUUGGCUAUCGUGACUUUGACUAUCAUAAAUUGUUAUGAUACGAGAGCUGGAGCCAGCGUCCAAGUAUUCUUCACAGCAGCUAAGCUGAUAGCACUGGUCAUUAUCAUCGUUGGAGGUCUUGUAAGACUUGGACAAGGUCAUACAGCAACAAUGAAAACUGGUUUUGAUGGGACAAUCGGCACUGCGUCAGGUGUUGCCUUGGCAUUUUAUGACGCACUAUGGGCGUAUGAUGGAUGGAAUACAUUGAAUUAUGUUUCAGAGGAAUUGAAAAAUCCUUACGUAAAUUUACCACGAGCUAAUGUAAUUGGUGUGCUGCUAGUAACAAUAUUGUACAUUUUGACUAAUAUCUCGUAUUUGGUUGUACUUGGAAUAGACGGUCUACUGGAAAGUGACGCUGUUGCUGUUACUUGGGGAGAUGAUGUACUUGGUGCAGUAGGUGUAAUAAUGCCCAUUUUUGUAAUGUGCUCAACAUUUGGUGCUGCCAACGGUGCAUUAUUUGCAGGUGUAAGAACACUGUAUGCAGCUGCACGUGAUGAUCAGUUUCCAGAAGUGUUGUCAUAUGUCAACUGUAAAAGAUACACGCCGAUACCAUGCCUAAUAUUUACAUCUGCGCUUGCACUUCUUAUGCUAAUUCCCGGUGACAUAGGAAGCUUGAUAGACUUUUUCAGCUUUGCCUCCUGGAUGUUUUACGCGUUGGCAAUAAUUUCCCUAUUCAUCUUACGAUGGAGACUACCAGACGCACACAGGCCUAUAAAGAUUUUCAUUUUGUUACCUGUAAUUUUCCUUGCCUGCUCUUUAUACUUGGUAGUAGCACCAAUAGUGCAAGAUCCACGGUUAGAAUUCCUGUACGCUUUCCUCUUCAUGAUUGGAGGAUUGCUGUUUUAUAUUCCCUUGGUUCAUUUUCAAUUGAUGACAGGACGUUUCGACGCCGUUACUAGAUUUCUACAAAAAAUUAUGGAAGUUGUACCAAGUCCAUACGAAGAACCUGAUUUUGGAUAAUCUAAACACCUCGACUAUUGUCUUAAAUGUAUACUAGUAUUAUGUAAAAACAUUUUCGUGGAACAUUAUUAUCGUGAGCACUAUCACAGAGAGAUAUUUAUAUAUAAUGCUAUAUAACUUGAACAUAUAACAGAGGCACAGUAAAUAUAUAGUUCAAACGGUAAUGUUGAACGAAUGAUUUAGUUAUUAUAAUAUAAUGAUGUUAUGACCCAAAGGAAUUUUUGUAUGACGUCGUGUUUUCAUGGACAGAUGAGUUUUAUAAUUGAUUCAAUAUUUUAUCUUUAUUAUGAUGUUUUAUUUGUUUUUGUAUAUACCAUUGAAGUCCGUGAAUUUUGUUCUUGUAUUUUUGUAAAGUUUAUGUAAGUUACGUGAUUGACGUACGAAAGGUAAUGUAGUACAUAUGAUAUAAUGUCAGUCGUAUAAAUUUAGAUGUAGUUACAUUUAUAUCUGUUAUA